ACCAAAAGAGUGAGCAUUGUCGAAGGUGUCGCACAUGCUCUAUCUUAUAUGCAUCAUGAUUGCAGCCCUCCAAUUGUUCAUCGAGACAUCUCAAGCAAUAACAUUUUGUUGAACUUGGAAUGGGAAGCUUUUAUUGCUGAGUUUAGGACUGCAAGACUUCUUGAUUCUGAUUUAUCUAAUCAGACUAUAAUUGUUGGAACAUAUGGAUAUAUUGCCCCAGAAUUUGCUUAUUCAUUGGUUGUGACAGAAAAAUGUGACAUAUAUAACUUUGGAGUGAUGACAUUGGAAAUAUUGAUGGGAAAGCAUCCUGGUGAAUUGUUGUCAAUACUAUCAUCAUCAUCAUCACCACCAUCUAGUAUCCAAAAUGUCAUGCUAAAGGAAAUUUUGGAUCCUCGAUUAUCAUCCCCAAGAAGUCAAAAAAUGGUAGGAGACAUCACUUUCGUUGCUGUGAUUGCUUUCGCAUGCUUAUGGGCCAAACCCAAAGCUCGACCAACAAUGCAAUUAGUGUCUCAAGAAUUUCUACACAUCAAGUCUCCAAUUUCAAUGCCUCUCCAUGAAAUAUCUCUUAUCGAGUUUAAGAAUCAUAAAAUGUUUAUGAACAAUAAAAGUUAUAAAUAA